AUGGACGAGUCGCUACUGGCUGAUAACGAGGACCACUGUCCCCGAGACGUGGAAGAAGAAGACGAAUUGCUCUGGAACGAGCUCAAAGACGACGACCGGUCGCUUCCGUUCCGCUUAUCCAGUCACCAGGUUCCUGUCUCAGGUGCUCAUCCAAGUGACUCGUCGCCAGCGGCCGCGCCGCUUCCGUCGCUGCGUGUCAACGUGCACCUGCCGGCCAUCUCGACGCUCUUCCGCGAAGUCCUGGACAAUGUCAAGGCGAUGCUGCCAGGCGGCCAACGUCGAGCUGCUGGUCGAGGAGAAGCUUCUGCUGCUGCUGGGGGUAGCAGUCGAGUGUCGCCCGUGCCCGAUCGCUACGGCCGCGUGGCGAAUCUCGACGCGUUUCUCAUUACGUUGUACAAUUACUACUACCACAAGGGCUUUUGGAGCAUUGUCGUGGUAGAGCUCGUGAGCCUGACGACAGGACUAUUGAGUGUCGUGCUCUCGAGUUUCUUGCUCAGUUGUGUGCAGUGGAAACCGUUGCUGGAAUGCCAUCGACACCCAGAACAACGAGGGUGUGCGCAGGACAUGGAGCAUUACGUUUCGUGUCGCGCGGACAACAACGGUCCACUCGGAUUCAUCGGGGCGUUUUACUUUGCCAUGUUCCUCUUGUACUGGGUUUCGCGACUUUUCCAGCUCGUUGGAACGCUGAGAGACACGAGAGACAUGGAGGCGUUCUACAAAGAGCGGCUGUGUAUUGAUGAGCGACAAGUGCAGACUAUCGCGUGGGACGAAGUGGUGACGAAAGUGCUGUAUCUGGUUAAGGGUGCGAACGAUCCUGUGAACAUGCGACAGCUCUCUUCGUACAAGCUGCAGAUUGACCCGGCGCUAUUGUCGUCACCACACGACUUUGCAAGACGGAUCAUGCGGCGAGACAACUACCUCAUCGCGAUUAUGAACCACUCGCUUUUCGAAAGCAAGAACUUGCUGCCCACGUCGCUGCAGUUUCUGUCGACGUCACAUAUUAUGUGCUCAAGAAACAUGGAGGCCAAUCUGAACAUUUGUUUGCUCGAUCACAUGUUUGACGCCGAGCUAAACUUGGCUCCGUCAGUGAUCCACAACGUGGAGAUGCUCAAGAAGCGCUUUGUCAUUGCAGGCGUGCUCAACUUUGUGCUGGCGCCCUUCAUCUUGCUGUACCGCCUUUCGCGUUUUUUCUUCUUGGCGGCUCAAGAGUGGCAGACAAACCGUGUAUACUACUUUGGCACACGUCGCUGGUCGGCGUAUGCGAUCUGGCGGUUUCGAGAGUACAAUGAACUCCCGCAUGUUCUCGAUGCACGUAUGGCACGCUCGUAUGCGCUGGCGGACCGUUACUUGGGCAUGUUCCCGACCGGUUCGUUGGCCAUUAUUGCGGGCGGCAUCUCCUUUUGCGCAAGCUCGAUCAUGGCUGUUCUCGUUCUCGUAAGUCUCUUGGAAGAAUCUGUGCUACUGCAGACGACGCUCUUUGGCCACGAGCUGUUGUGGUACCUGACAAUCUCAGCGGGCGUCUUUGCGCUGUCACGAUCGUUCACGUCUUCUACUUCGCCCUUUUUGGUCAACGGUGACUGCGAAGAAGCAAUGAUGCAAGUUUCUGCAGAGACACACUACUUUCCAAAGGAGUGGAGAGGCAAGUGUCACUCGUUCGAGGUGCGAGAUGCGUUCACGGUGCUUUUCCCGUUCAAGGCCGUACUCUUUGCUGAAGAGUGUCUCUCCGUUUUGUUGGCUCCGUACAUCUUGUGUGUGUCGCUGCCCCGGCUUGCUCGCGAGAUCUUGCUGUUCUUGCGGUCGCACUCUCUUGUGCACCCUAGUACCAGAGCUGUGUGCCGAUUCGCAGAAUUCGACUUCAAAGAAUAUGGCAACGAUGCUAAGAUGGAGAGUUCGUUCAUCAACUUCAAGCAGAACCACCCGAAGUGGGUUGGUGCUCGCGAAGGCGAAGCGCUCAUGCAUCGCUUGGGGAAGCUGAGGGAGGAAGAAAUGGAGAAGUCGAUGCGGAUGGGUGACACCAUGAUGUACAGUAGCCACACACUGUCAAUGUCGCAGCAGCUUAUGCAGUCUCAGGCCAUUCAGAACGCGAUGGGUGGCGACCGUAUGAGCGGCUACGUGCCUCAGGACAACGAGUUUUACUGGCUGGAAAAGCUUCACCAGCAAGGUCGAAUGGGCGAACUGGAUCUGGAGGGUAUGCAGAGCAACCCUGCUGACAGCAUUUCCGCUUCGAGUCUUGGGUCUCCGUGA